AUGUGGGCAUUUGCACUACUUCCUGUUGUCCUGGCAGUAUUUGGCACUUUAGGCAUUUGGGCAGUGUAUGGAAUAGCUGUGGCUAAUAAGACAGUGAAUCUAACUGUUGAGUUUCCAUACAUCAGUACGUGUGGUUCCUAUCCACCUCAGAGUUGCAUCUUCUCCCAGAUAUGCAACAUCUGUUGUGUGCUAGCAAUGUGGGUUGUUACUAUGAGGUACCAGCAGGUGAAGGAUCUGGGCUGUUCAUCACGUGUGAACAGCAUCAGUUUGUUACUGGGGUUCGUUUCAUCAACUGGAAUCUCCAUGCUGGGAAACUUUCAGCAAUCCGUAAUAAUGGGGGUUCACUUGUUUGGGGCAUUCCUGGCAUUUUUUCUGGGUGCAGCAUACUUUUGGCUCCAGGUGUGGCUCACCUACCAUGCAGAGCCUUCACAGGACCGGAAGUGGAUGGGGCCUCUCCGGAUUAUCUUUUGCAGUCUUUGUACCAGCCUAGUUAUUGCCAUGGCUGUGCUUCAUAACACAGGCUACCGUUCUGCAGCUGCUAUGUGCGAGUGGGCUUUGGUCAUGAUCUUCUUCAUGCUUUUUGGCCUUUUUGCAGCUGAGUUUCGCCACAUCGAUUUUCAAAAACUAUAUGUUCAAAAAGCUGGUCUAACCAAAAGCAGCAGUGAAUGGGCAACACAGCAGAGCAACGUGGCGGCAAAGACAGGACACUCAACUAGCAGAAGGACAUCCAUCGAGAUUGCAGCCUACAAUAUAGCCUAA